CUAACACUACACCAAUGUGAGUUUUAGAGUGUUAUUCAUAUAAGUUUACAACAUUUUGUGAAAAAUACUGGAAGAAAGAGGAAAUAAACGCUUAGAGAUGGACCUCACUAGAAUAAAAGAACUGGCAACAUUAAUUAAAAAUUAUCAUCGUCAAUUGUUAGAGCAAGUCAGGUUUGUGGAGUGUGGAAACACGCACCAAAUAGCAGAAUCAUUUGAUAGAAACUGUCUUGAACUUUUAGAAGAACUCCAGCGACUAGAGGGCAAAGUGGAACAAAUCACUGGAAGUAAUACACAAUUUAAGAAUUACCGCCAACACCAUAUAUCGUAUGUACAGCCACAAAAGGAACAAAUCACUCAAGGUAACACAAAAGUUGAAAGUCAGGACAAAGCUAUAAAACUGGAUGUACCACCAAGAAAGGAUAAAAUUACUGCAACAAAAGAAGACCAAAACGAAAAGAACAGAAGGAAAACAGGAAGGAUAAAUAAGAAAUUUAAAAAACGCCGUGGGACAACUGAUAAAGGAAAAGAGUACGAACUGUACUUUCUCGCACAUAUGGCGCUCAAACUUACUGAAAAUGAUAACAUAAAUAAUUUUCUGAUAUCGUCUAAUAACGAAGAUUUCGGCGAUUUUGACGAUGUUGUUUUGGAAUUAGAAAAUCCUAGAGAAACAUAUGCAAUACAACUAAAACAUGUACAAAACAAAAAGUGUAUAACUAUAGGUGAUCUUACGACGACAGCCCCAAAGGCAAAUUUUGCGAUAAAAAAAUAUUUUGAAUCGUUUAAAAAGGAAUCCGCUUUGCGCAAAUGCAAAUUAUUUUUGAUGACGAAUGCUGAAUUUGGGGUCCAAGGCACCUUUUCCAUAAAAACAGACGCACAAGAGAUUAACAUAGAAGUGAUUGAAUCGGUUUGCCCUCUAGACAUUAUGAACAUAUCGCAAAAAGGAAAAUGCUAUCAGUUUAAAAUUUCAGAAAAUAAUGAUAUACAAGAUUUGACAAACGAAGUGUGUGACUAUGAAGCUUUCUUCGAAAAUUUUUUCAUCUAUUCGAAACAACUCAACUUGGAUGCAUUACAAAAAACAAUCAAAUCAGAAUUUGAUAAACUACUGGUUGCUGAGACUGCAAACGACGUAUUUCUGCAAUAUAUACACUUUGUUGAAAACUGGAAUAUGGUAGAAAGCGAAAAGGAAAAACUCGACAAAACAAUGAUGGCACGAUUGUUGGCUCUUCAGAUAGCGACUCCUUCAAUUUGCGCUAUAUCCUUCGAAACGGUAAACAUUAAUCUAGAAAAUGCCAAGUAUCUACAGCAGGCAAUUUCUAAAUUUCAUUUGACAGUUUUUAACAGUGAGUCGUGCGAAAACGUACAAAGUCUUUGGAGUAAUUUAAAGGAUGAGUUUGACAGUAAGGCCAUUAAUGAAUUAAAUGACGAAAGGAAGAGAUACCACAUUAAAACAAAAUAUGUAAAUAACAUAAGCGAGCUGAAUAGUAUUAGCGGUAUCGAAUGGGCUAAACUACUUUGGUUGAUGAACAAGUGUCCUUUAAUUUUGAAAGAAAGUUCCUGUGCUUACAAAGCUAUCAAUAUCUGUAAAGAUCGAUCGUUCGUAAUGGUUGCAAAAAAUUUUUCCAAGAAGGAAUUAAACGACGGUUCAAUUUUUCUACAGUUAUCAAGUAUUGAAGAUGAUAAUGAUUUGACAAAUUUGAAGACGAAUUUAGAGUGUCGGUUCAAAAGUCAAACAAUCAAGUUAGAAGAACUUACUGAAGGUCAUAAAGGAUUCCAGCGGUUCAUAUCCACAGACAUAUUGUUGGAAAUGGUUCAGGGUCCUUACGAGGUUAAGGAAUUAGAAGACACUGCUCAAAAUCUGCCACUAGAAACGUGGAGGAGAUAUGUUAGUAGAUCUUUGACUAGAAAUUUUGUCGAUUACAAGUAUUUAGAGAACAUCAGGCACGAUACGAUGGUUUUAAUCACUUGCGUAGACGACGAAAGAAUUCUUGUACUUAAGAAAAUGCUUAAAUUAGCAGAUAAUGUUGACUACGAUGACGAUCAGUAUGUUAUCUUUUCUAAUAAAAAGUGUAAAGUUCUCAACUAUAAACCCACGAUAUAUGUCAGCCAUGAAGAAUUUUCCAGUCAACAGUUUCGGAAUAUUUGUGAAGGUACAAGCAACGUAAGAAAUUGCCACCAUUUCAAGUUAGAUAACCAAGAAAAUAAGUUGGAGUGGAUGGCAACAAAAGGUGAUAUUUCUGCGUUGCAACAAUAUCGUAUUCAAAGCAAUCGAGAGAAAAAUAUUCCAGAGUCCGAACUACCUCAGCUACACACCGAAAAUAAUGUGCACAUAAUAGCUGACGAACCAGGAAUGGGGAAAACAUACUUUUUGAAAAAAUUAAAAAAAGAUGUUUCAAAUUUUGCAAUCAUUAUAACUCCCAAAGAUAUUUCACGCUUUUACUCUUCACGUCAAAAUAAGAGUCAAAUUUCAUUCAAAGACUUUUUGCUAAAAUCGAAGUUUCACCUUCGUGGAAAUUUUGAUAGUUAUUUCCUAAAAUUUUUGGCAAAAAAUGGACGAUUUUUGUAUCUGUGGGACGGCUUAGAUGAAAUAUCAGAAGCACGUUUAAAUGGAGUCAUUGAUGUCAUUCUAACAAUUUCUAAAGGUUCUUCGUUACAGUGGAUAACUUGUCGAAUUCAUUUAGAAAAACUGCUUGAAGAGAAACUCGGAGUUCUAUGUAAACGAAUAAUUCGGCUAAACGCUGACCAACGACAGCAAUAUAUGAUGAAGAGUUUAGAAAAGAAAUGUUCAGCAAAGACCUUCGAGGAAAUAUUAGAAAAAAUCGCGUUCACUGGACACGGGGAAAUAUUUGGAAAUCCCUUGCAGCUAUUUAUGGUAGUUACAUUACUUGAAAAUAAUUUCGAUAAAUAUGUCACGAUGUUAGACCAUUUUAAAAUCAUCACCAAUCUCUAUCGAUAUUUUGUUGAUGAAAAAUUUAAUUUAUGUAAUAAAGAAAAAGCCGAACUGAAAAUUUUAGACAAUUCUUUUCAGUGUCAAAUUUCUCAAGAUGGCAAAAAAGCUAGAACGAAAGAUUAUCAAGCUGCAGCCCUCAAGAUCCUUUUAGAUGAAAAUAUGUUCAAUCAGCUUAAUCUCAACUGCGAUGAUUUUUUAUCAGAUGUUGCUUCAAAAGGAGACUACGCUGGAUUUAUAAAUAGUGUUACAGAAAGCAAACAUCCUACAUUUGUGCACAAUUCUUACGCCGAAUAUUUCGCGGCUGAUUAUCUAGCCAGGAAUCGCAAAAACUUCGAAUUUAUCAUUUGUAAGAUUAAACAUGACAACGUUCGUUUGUUCUUCGACAUGAUGUUAGCUCAUAAUCGUCCUGGCCACAUAGCAGUCUUAUAUCAAGAUUUGGAAGCUUUGAAGCAAUACGACUGUGAAGAACUGUGUAAAAAAGAUGACGAAGGAAGAAAUGCUUUAGAACUAGCUUGCACUUGGGGACAACGAUAUCCUGUUCUGCGGGUUAUAAAAUCAAAUAAGACAUACUUAGUUGAGGAUUAUUCAGAUUAUAGUCACGAAACCAAUCAGAGACAUGAAGGAAUCUUAAAAUAUUUAUUAAGUCAGUUCAGGGUGAAAGAUUUGCUUGAAAUGAACUGUUUUUCUUGUGCGCAAAAAUACGAGUGCUUAUUUGUCCUCGCCACGAUAAUCAAAACAUGCAGAAUUAAGUCCACCACACUAAGUGACAACACUAUUUGCAGUAUUUUAUACUAUUGUGUAAAAUAUGAACGAACGGAUUUUAUCAAUCUAUUGGAGAAGAAUGAAGAUGUUUUAAAGAUCGUUUCAUCUGCAAAACAUUGGCUAUUUUUGGCUUGUCAAAACGGAGACGAAAAACUUGUAAGAAUUUUGCUACACUUUGGAAUCGACUUGAAUUGUGUGGAUGAAGAAGGUCGGACGCCUCUACAUUUAGCUGCAUCUAGAGGGCACGAACGUAUCGCACAGAUUUUACUGGACAAAGGAGCCAAACUUGAAACUCUUUGUGAAAAUAAAAAUACUUUGCUUCACGCAGCUUGUGAAAGUGGUAACGAAGUACUCGUGGAAGAUUUGCUAAAACGCGGAUUGAACAUAGAUGCAUGCAAUUCCGACGAUCUCACACCCCUUCAUUUGGCAUGUCAAAACGGCUUCGAAGGAGUAGUGAAGGUAUUGAUUAGUAACAGAGCUAACCCCAGUGCUACUGAUAAACAUGGUCGAACUGCACUCUAUAUAGCUCUGCUCGAAGACGAAGACAAAAUUGUCAAUUUGUUGAUUGAAAGUGGAGUCGACGUCAAUGCAGUAAGCGAAGAAGGUAGAACGAUAUUACAUCUAGCAUCCCAAAAUGGUCACAACACAGUCGUCCAAAAAUUGAUGUCUCUUGGCGCAGUUCCAAAUUUCACUGACAAAAACGGUUUGACGCCGUUGGGUCUGAGCUAUCAACAGUCACACGAAGAAACAAGCGAACUACUUUUUUCUCUAGGUGCAAGGAUCAAUCCAGUAGAAGAAAACGGCAACUUGUUGGUGAGCAAUGGAGAAAAUUUUGAACACAGGAUUAUGAAGAAACCUGGAAUUACUCUGCCAGUUGCAAUGUCUGAUAGUAACUUCAACGACAAGACGACGCCGGCUAGAAACUAUAGACACAUGGCUAUUGGUGAUGUCAUAAUAGAUAUGAUGAGCAACGAUAAAAUAAAAGAUUUCCGUAUUUCUCAGAAAAAUGAUGGCCUUGGCAUAUUUGACGAUGUAAUCAUUGGAGUUUGUAUCGAUAACAGAAAAGAAACAUCAGCAAUGCAUCUAGAAUUCAGUGGCCAAAGUACUUUAAUUCUCCAACAACUUACAAAGAAAAAUAGUAACAUUAGUCUCCACAAAUGUUUUGAUUCUUUCCAACAAAUGCAAAGCACCACACAAGAAUUUAUAUUGUUCGUGGAUUGUCAGUUUAUAACUACGGACAACGAAAUGUUUCAACUAGAAGGUGAAGAGUUUUACAUAAAAUUUAAUAAGGUUACAGUGCAAGGCAGUGCGAGAAUAUUUCGCGAUAUGACCCACUGUUACAAACUGCGGAUCGUAGAACACGAACAGAAUCAGGAAAAUUAUCCAAAAAUUGAAAAAUAUAGGUCAUUUUUUGAAAAGUUUUACAUUUACACUUGUGAGACGAAUUUUGACAAUCUUUAUAAAGCUACAGUAGACAAAUUUUCAAAAAUAUUUAACUGCAACAAAGACAUUUUUGAGAAAGUCCUUCAAAUAAUAUCAAACUGGAAUGAGGAGAAAACGGGAAAACUACAAUUGAACAAGAAAUUUGUCCAACGCAUAAUUGCGUUGCAACUACUCACUGCUCAUAUUGUGCCUAUAACUGAUGGUUUAGUCAGUGACAAAAUGCGUAUUCUUCGAAACGCCAUUAGCACGUUCGACGUCACACUCUUCGAAAAUAGAAACAGCGACGUAAUACAACAACUCUGGGGUGAUGUGAGCAGCCAAAUCAGUGGAGUAGAAGAACUGAAUAAAAUUAGAGAAAUCUAUCAACUUUCUUCUGAUUAUAUCGACCCUGUCGACAACUUAGAUCGAAAAAUUUUAGCGCAGCUGCUGUGGCUGAUGAACAAAUGUCCGCUGAUCGUAAAAGACCAUGAAAAUGUGACCAAAGUCGUUCAGUUUUGCAGUGAUGAAAAGUUUGUCGUACUUUGCGAAGGGGAAAUUAGAGAGACGAUUAUAAAUCGUCCCGUGUUCCAGAACUUAUUUGACUUAAAAUUAAAACCAGAAGUCUAUGAAAAAGUGACCACAACUUUUACAAUCUCGUUACAAGGAAACGAAGAACUUAAUUUGAAAACAGCUUUCGAGAAUAAUGAAACAAUUUUAAAAUACGUGACUACCAACGAUCUACUGGAUAUGUUAGACGGACCCUUAUGUAUAGGGAGGCAAAGGGAAACACUCUGUCACCCUUAUAUCGAACGACAUUUGUCACGAACUAUGGUAGAUAUUAAAUAUUUAGACCACAUUGACGAUCAGACCAUCGUUCUCUUAAAUUUUAAAAGCAAUGUUGAUCAAGUGGAUCAACUCAACAAAUAUAAUACGACAGAUAUUGAUGAUCCGAAUUUGGAUAAAUCAGUUCCAGGUGUGAAGAUUUAUGUAAGUAAAAAUAAAUGUAGUGACAUUGAGUUUGAAAAACUUUGCUGCAGUAGAUCAGAAAUUAACGUUAUUCAUUAUUUCAAGUUUUUUAACAACGAGAGCUUAGAAUGGGUUCGAAGUAAAGGUGACGUGAGUGGAAUUCAAAAAUAUAAAAUAUCUAACAACAACUAUCAAACCGAAAACGAUUUUUGCUCCUUCGACGACAUUAAGAACAUUAUUGUAAUAUCGGCGAACCCUGGAAUGGGGAAAACUGAGUUAAUGACAAGCUUGAAACGCAAAUGUUCUCCAAAAUACUGGACAGUCACGGUUUAUCCAAAAGAUGUGAAUUUGUUUCUACAAAGUUUGGAAAAAGAUUCGACAUCAAACCACAUCAAAUUGCUCGAAAGUUUUUUGUUAAACUACGAAUUUGUUUCUAAGAGAAAUUUAGACCACGAAAUUUUGAAAUCUUACUUAAAACAACGCCGCGUUCUUUACGUGUGGGAUGCCUUUGAUUUAAUUACAACACAAAAUUUAGAUAAGAUUUCAAAUCUGAUUGUUGAGCUAUCUCAAAAGGGUUUCGUUCAGUUGGUUAAUUGCAGACAACACAUUAAAACCCACCUAGAAAAGAAGUUUGGUGUAAUCUCAAGCAGCCUAAUUGGAUUUAAUGAAGACGAGCAAGAAUAUUAUGUCAGUCAGAGGCUUCACCCUUCCAAAUCGUCUGACGAGAUCAAAAAUGCUAUAGAUAAAAUUAAGUCCAUGCUUGCGUUUGUGAAUGCCGUUGAUAUUUUGGGAAUUCCGGGUGAAAUAUUUAUGCUUGCGGAGCUACUGCUCAGAAAUGAUGUCGUUUUUUCAAAGUUAUUGACUGAUAAGUUUUUAGUGGCAGAUCUUUAUAAAUACUUAAUUUUGGUGAAAUUUUCUACCAGGAAUGAAGUUAUUUGUGACAUUAAAAAUUACCACUUAGAGAACACAAUUCCAAGAAGUCGGGAAAAAACGUUGAUUCAUUAUGAAAGGAUCGCACUAAAGGCAUCAUUUCCUGACGAAAUUUUACAACCGCUGAAACUCGAUUUUCAACUUUCUGCUAAAGUAAUUUAUAGUAACAAGACUUGUCUUCUUGGACUUAUAACCGAAGUACGGAAAAAUGUGCCACAUUUCUUCCACGUCUCUUAUGCCGAAUAUCUGGUAGCUGCAUAUUUUUCGAAAAACCUUAGCCAAGUACCCAAAGAAGUUCUCUUCGAUGGAAAUUACACGAACAUUCGUUUUUUCUUUGACACAAUAAUGGCACUUAACUCGCCAGCUCAUAUUGCCGUUUUGUACAAAAACUUUGAACAGUUAAAUACCUAUGGUGAUGACAUUUUAACUCGGAAAGAUCGUGGUGGAAGAAGUGCGCUGCAUUUACUUUGCUAUGUGAGUCAGGAAUUUCCUCGUUCAGAAAAAAAUUACCUUGAAGCGGUGGGAAAUUUAUUAGAUAAGUGUAGCGUUGCAGAACAAGAUGUGCUAUUUAACAUGACUCCGUUAGCUUAUGCUUGUGAAAGAGAAGCAAGAGCAAAUUCUAAAACUGGAAAUUCCGGGAGUACAUCUCGCGUGCUUGAAUCUCUCAAUGAUCACGAACGAGUUGCUGCAUAUUUAGUAGAUUGUGAAGGACAAACAAGUCUUGGUAACUUUUGUAUUCGGACACCACUCUAUGUGGCUGCCGAAAGCGGCCAAAGAAAACUAGCUAAAUAUUUAAUGGAAUCCGGAGCCGAAAUUAACCGCGUUGAUGAUGACGGUUGCACACCGCUUUUUGCAGCUUCCCGGAACGAUCACGUCAAAACAGUCGAAUGCCUAGUGAAGUGCGGAGCACAAAUAAAUCGCGCUGAUAAUGUUGGUCGGACACCCCUUUUCGCAGCUUCCUUGAAGGGUCAAGAAAAAAUGGUCGAAAACCUAGUGAAGUGCGGAGCAGCAAUCAAUUGCGUAGAUAAAUAUGGUUGGACACCGCUUUACGCAGCUUCCCGGAACGGUCACUACAAAAUUGUCGAAUGCCUAGCGAAGUGCGGAGCCGAAAUCAAUCGCACUGAUGGUGAUGGUGGGACACCGCUUUAUAAAGCUGCCUGGUACGGUCACGAGAAAACUGUCGAAUGUCUAGUGAAGUUGGGAGCAGAAAUCAAUCGCGCUCAUCAUAACGGUGAGACACCGCUUUAUGCAGCCUCUUGGAACGGUCAUGAAAAAAUUAUCGAAUACCUAGUGAAGUGUGGAACAGAAAUCAAUCGCGGUGAUAAUAGUGGGAGGACCCCGCUUCAUGCAGCUUCUUCAGACGGUCAAGACAAAACUAUCGAAUGCCUAGUGAAGUUCGGAGCAGAAAUCAAUCGGGCUGAUAAAAAUGACUGGACACCGCUUUAUGGAGCUUCCCGGAACGGUCACGACAAAACUGUCGAAUGCCUAGUGAAGUGCGGAGCAGAUGUCAAUCGCGCUGAUUAUAUUGGUUGGACGCCGCUUUUCGUGGCUUGCUCGGACGGUCACGAGAAGACUGUCGAAUGCCUAGUGAAGUGCGGGGCAGAAAUCAAUCGCGCUGAUGAAAAAGGUAGAACACCACUUGAUGUCGCUAUUUCACGGAAACACAAGAAUGUAGUAGAUUUUUUAGUAUCAAAAAGUGCAAAAACACAAUUCGUGAAAUUUUCAAAUUGAAU